AUGCCCAUUGAAGUAGUGCCAUUAGGAGCAGGACAGGAUGUUGGAAGAAGUUGCAUCCUAGUCACCAUUGGGGGUAAAAACAUCAUGCUUGAUUGCGGCAUGCACAUGGGCUAUCAAGACGAAAGACGAUUUCCAGACUUUAGCUACAUAUCCAAGACUGGCAACUACUCUGACAUUUUAGACGCUGUCAUUAUCUCUCAUUUUCACCUGGAUCACUGUGGCGCUUUGCCGUUUUUCACUGAAAUGUGUGGAUACGAUGGCCCUAUCUACAUGACACACCCCACCAAAGCCAUUUGUCCCAUAUUGCUAGAGGAUUACAGAAAGAUUACUGUCGAGCGAAAGGGCGAAACCAACUUCUUUACCUCGGCCAUGAUCAAAAACUGCAUGAAAAAGGUGAUUCCCAUCAAUUUGCACCAGACACUCAAAGUAGACGACGACAUUGAGAUCAAGGCAUACUAUGCUGGACAUGUGCUGGGUGCUGCUAUGAUCUACAUUCGAGUGGGCCAAGAGUCGCUUGUCUACACGGGCGAUUACAAUAUGACGCCGGAUCGACAUUUGGGCAGUGCCUGGAUCGAUAAAGUGAGACCUGAUGUCUUGAUUACCGAGAGCACGUAUGCGACCACCAUCCGUGAUUCAAAGCGUUCCCGUGAGCGAGACUUUCUAACAAAGGUGCAUGACUGUGUGGCCAAUGGUGGUAAUGUCAUUAUCCCUGUGUUUGCCUUGGGUCGUGCACAAGAGCUGUGUAUCUUGAUUGAAUCCUACUGGGAUCGUAUGGGUCUGGACGUGCCCAUCUACUUUUCCACUGGACUUACUGAGAGAGCAACCGAGUUUUACAAGCUAUUCAUCAAUUGGACAAAUCAAAAGAUCAAGUCCACCUUUGCACAGAGAAAUGCGUUUGACUUCAAGCACAUCAAGGCGUGGAAAAAAGAGUACUUGGACAACAAGGGCCCCAUGGUGCUAUUUGCUACACCGGGCAUGCUGAAUGCGGGUACGUCGCUGCAGGUAUUUACCAAGUGGGCACCUGAUCCAAAGAACAUGGUGAUUAUGCCGGGAUAUUGUGUCGCUGGCACAGUCGGUGCCAAGGUGUUGCUGGGACAGAAGCUCAUUGAAGUCGAUAAAUUCACGCAGAUACAAGUCAACUUGCAAGUAAGAAACCUCUCCUUCAGUGCACAUGCAGACGCCAAAGGUAUCAUGCAACUGAUUCGCAUGUGUGAGCCCAGAAACGUGGUGUUGGUACAUGGCGAACGUGGAAAGAUGGACUUUUUGAGAAGCAAUAUCAUGAAGGAGUUUGGUAUAGCCUGUUACAUGCCUGCCAAUGGCUGCAGUAUAAAGAUGGAGACCAGCAGAGCACUCGAAGCCAAAAUCAGCACAGACCUUCUGAAAUCUCUGCUGAAUAAUAGCAACAAGAUACCCUCCUCAGCGACAGCGCCAUCCAGACCAAAUACAUCAGUGCCGAUCAAUGCCACGUUGUUGAUGCAUUUCAACAACAACGCUAAUAAACAACAGCAGCAGCAGCAACAACAACAGCAACAAACAGCGCCUUCUAUUGAAAUUGUGAAAUCAGACGCAUUUGCAAGCACUGAAAAACAACAGCAACAACAACGCCGAGAGCUGUAUUUCCAAGUAGAAAAAGGAUUUCAAAUUUCUACACUGCUAUCCGACAUGGCACACACAGAAUCCAUUACAGAAGACCUUCAGCGAAGAGUACUGGAUCUACUGCAAGUCGCAUUAGCAAGAACUGUAGGCCAAACGUGCUCCAUUGAACGCCAAACUGCUAGCAUCAUUGUGCGAAGUGUAUCACUAUGGCUUCAGAAUGUGCAGACGGUGUGUGUAAAGUGGAGUUUUGAAGAUGAAGAUCUGGCUAGUUUUAUAUUGGGCACAGUGAAUACGGUACUGUAUGAUCAAGCAUAG